CCAACCAGUUGAAGCCCGCAACGGUGGUGCAACCAUAACUCUGUCAAUUCAAAACAUCCACGUUUUACAAGUGCAAGUCAAACCAAGUUUACUCACGGAUGUACCGGACGUGAGACAGUCAGAGAACACUUUGCGCAAGAAGUUCGAAAACUUUAAAUUGUGAAGUUGAGGAGAAUACACUCGUAUGGAGUGAGGUGCUGAUGCUACAAUGGAGCUUAGCAGGGAACAGGUUCCUCUUUAUGGUCAGGUGGAAGUCUUAGUAAAGCUGCAGGUGUCUCAGUGUGUUCAGGAAGAGGCUGACUACUAUGUGGUUCUACUGGGCUCGUCUCUUCACCAUGUAACCACAGCUUAUAGAACCAAAGACAACAGCUCGCUUAGAUUCACUGUGCCUGGUCACGAUGUUCCAGAGAAAGUAUCUGUGGAGGUGUUCUGCUGUGUGGAGGACAAUAGCUGUUGUCCCAUCAGCCCGCUCUCCCAUGCAGGAGAACUCUCCCUGGAGUACAACCGGGAUGAGGCUCAAGAGUCGGCAGACAUGCUAAUGAGCACUGAACCCUUGACGUCCAGCAGUCAUCAGGACAUCCUAAGGAAAUUCUGCUUAGAGAAAGGGUGCUCAUCUGAGCACAAUCAUUUAGAUAAGACUGGCCUGCUUGAGACAGAUGGAAUUUGUGAUUCAAAGGAAUUAUUUCCUUUUAAAAGACUAGCAGAAACAAAUCAGAGACUCCGUAUUUGCGAGCAGGUGAAUUUUAGUCUGAAAGAAGGUUUAGUAGCUUCAGAGUUUGAUCCAGAGCACAAAUGCACAGUGGGACAACACAGUUCUAUUGAUGUGAAGAUUACACAGGCCGUGGCUAACUUGCACUUUCUGGGAUGGGACAGCCAAGCUGCACUUGAAAAGGAAGAUCUGCUUCACAGAGAAACUCCUCUACAUGUUGCCAUUCGUUUGGGGUUCCCCCACCUCAGUCACUUUCUACUCCAGGAGUCUGAAGGUCAAAGGAUGGUUCCCAUACCCAACAAGGAAGGGCAGAGUCCUCUUACACUGGCUCAAAAGCACAGAGAUCCAGCACUCAUCAGCUCUUUAACAGAGAUCAGCCCCUCGAGUUGUAGUGCGUGGAGGCCCGUGUGGAUGCGUCAGGUCUGGGCCGAUGGCUCCCACCAGCUCCGUUUCUGCCCUGUCACUGACUCUAUUAGCCUGACAGUUAGACACAACUCACAAGCAGAUGCACCAGGCAUUAUCCAGCUAUACAGAGAGAAGAGCAGAGAACCAGAAACACUCAUAUUGGUGAGGCGACUGAAAGAACCUUCUGAGGGGAGCACACACAAGCCUGAUUUAUGUGACGUAGAUCUGAACAGCCUGCUGAACAUUGAGGACCAUAGCCUGGUGGAUAGUGUCUUUGAAGAACAGCUUGUUCUCUGUCUGGAUGAAGAGGAAGAGGAAGAGGACCUGAACACAUUCAACCCUGAGAAGUUGUGUUCCUCUCCUGGUUCCUGCACCCCAUUUCAACUUAAUUCUUCAGAGGCAGCUGCCGUCAGGCUCACAGCCAUGCUCAGAGUCUCCACUAAGGAUGAUGAGCUCAAUAUGAAAUACUCUGUGUCUGGGGUCACAGAGGACAGUUCUGGGACAGAUAGUAAGGUGGGGCAAAUGUCAGAUACGGGGGUCUUGCCACCAGGGGCAUUGGAUAUGCCCACACCUAUUAAGGAUGAAGAAGGGCAGGGGGGAAGGCAUCCUACCUCUCGUUCUUUCUCUCCACCACUUUUGCCAUUCUCCCCCUCAUCUCCAGCAAAGCUGGUGCUGGAUCGACUCAUGCGUGCCUGCCGACCUGUUGAAAUGACCUAUAACAGUUCAAGCUCCCCUACAGACUCAUGUGACCUAAGAAGUCCUAUCCUCUCUCUAAGCCCAAGUCUGGUAGCCUUGGAAAUGGACAGUGAAGAGGAUGAUGAUGACAUUUUAAUGAAGAAACCCCUCCCCCAGACUCACCCUGAGGUUAAAAACAGUGGAGAUGUUAAGUUAAACCCCACCCCUGGCCUUACCUGCACCCGUUCACACUCCGCCUCCUCUGCCUGUAACUCCACCACAGCAAAGGAUGUUGAGCAGGGUAUCCGUCUACGUUCAUAUUCCUACACCUCCCCCAAAAUCAGCCUGCUGCCUCCGCGAUUCAGUAGGGAUGCCCACCCUCCACCCACCGACCUCAACCAGGAUGGCGCCCUCUCCAGCAGCAGUGGCAGCAGGUCUCUCCUACAGGCACUGUCUCUGUCUAAAUCUCUGUCUCUGCUCAACCCUGUUAAACACCGUGCCUGCAGCAUGUCAGAGCAGCCUCAAGAGAAAAGGGAGUUAAGGUUCCGUAGGCGUGCUCAGUCGGCUGAUGAUGAGACCAGUGAAGAGCUGGCUGACUCCCUUCAACACCUCACACUCUCCGAAUUCCUCAAAGAGAUUGAGGAAGAGGAAUGGGACAAAUAUAUCAUCCCUUCCAAGAUUGAGUCUGAAAAAUACAAAGUCAGUCGCACGUUUAGUUUCAUCAAGAGCCGGAUGUAUAGCACUCGCAACAAGAACAAGGGGAAAGGGAAGGAGAGAGAGACCAAAGACAAGCAAGUCAAUGGACACCAGUUCUUAGCAGGAUCUGUCCUGGGGUCAACACUUUGUGAGAUCUGCAGCAAGCCAGCCAGUGGGAAGGAGGUCCUCCACUGCACAUAUUGUGCAGUGAGUGUCCAUAAGGGCUGUAAAGACUCAACUACUCCAUGCCUGAAGAAACCUCAUGACAAAUCUUCUGUGACGGCAGUGAACAGCAGGACAGCCUCCCUCCCUCAAAAUUUUACUGUGCGUGAAAGUUCCUCCUCGUCCUCUCAGAUGGCCACCUCUACCUCUCUUCCCGUGAUGACAUCACGAGACUCCUCUCCUCUUUCUUUCCCUUUGUCCAGAAGUGUGCCUACAGUCACUGGAAGGCUUAGUGAGAGCCUGGAAGCGGAUAAUGAAUCCUCCUCCUGGCGGAACCACAUCCAAUCAGAGGAGCUCCUCCAAACCAUGGAAUCUUCAACGUCCACAGACUCCUCCCUCAUUGAAGACUCUGUAGAUGCCCCCCUGCAGAAUGAGUUGGUGAUGAAUGCCAUAGAUUUGGAGGCAGAGUCAUGGAGCCUGGCAGUGGAGCCCCAGUUCUGCAAGAUGCAAGAAAAACGCAUCAUUAAGAGACAGGAUGUCAUUUACGAGUUCAUGCAGACAGAGCUCCAUCACGUACAGACACUCAUGAUAAUGGCGGAGGUCUUCAGGCGGGGCAUGCGGGAGGAAGUCAGGCUGGAUCCAGAGAUUAUCGAUCGAAUUUUUCCUUGUUUAGAUGAAUUACUUAUCCUCCACCGUGACUUCCUGUUAAUGAUGAUGGAGCGGCGGCAAAGCUGCCUCCAGCACAACAGCAACAAGAACUACCUUGUCCACCACGUGGGUGACAUUUUCAUGCAACAGUUCUCCCAGGAGAAUGCAGAAAAUAUGAAGCGGGUGUAUGGCAAAUUUUGCAGUCACCACACGGAAGCGGUCAGCUUCUUUAAAGAACUUCAGCAACAGAACAAGAGAUUUAUGCUCUUCAUCAAACAACAAAGUAGCAACUCAUUGGUAAAAAGGCGAGAGAUCCCAGAAUGCAUUUUGUUAGUGACACAGCGCAUCACAAAGUACCCUGUGCUCCUGGAGAGAAUACUGCAGUUCACAGAAGAGCCCUCAGAUGAGCAUGCAGACCUAUCUCGUGCACUAGUUCUGAUCCGAGAGUUGGUCUCAGCUGUGGACCAGAGUGUUAGUCAGUAUGAGCAGAACCAGAGGUUGAGUGAGGUUCUGGGACGAAUGGAGCACAAAUGCUCAACUAAGCUGAAGAGCGGGGACCCCUUCCGCAAGCAGGACAUCACCAGCGGCAGAGCACUGCUGCACCAGGGUCCUCUGCUCUGGAAGACGGCAACAGGAAGACUGAAAGAUGUGUUGGCACUUUUGCUGUCAGAUUCAUUGGUAUUUCUUCAGGAAAAAGAUCAGAAAUACAUCUUUGCUGCUGUGGACCAGAAGCCUCCAGUGAUCUCUUUGCAGAAGCUGAUUGUGCGAGAGGUAGCCAACGAAGAGAGAGGCAUGUUCCUGAUCAGCACCUCCUCAGCUGGGCCUGAGAUGUAUGAGGUUCACGCUGCUUCUAAAGAUGAACGCAACACCUGGAUGAGACUCAUCAGGGAGGCUGUGGAGAGGUGCCCAGAAGAAGAGGAUGAAACUACAAGUGAGUCAGAAGAAGAAAGAAGAAUGGCUGAAGCAAAGGUCCAAAUGAUCCACAGGCUUCAAGAGUCUCUGUGUGGCCAUGAUCAUCUGAUCUGUGCCAAUCUGGAGGAGAAACUUCACAUCUAUGCCGAGCUGUCAGUCAUGGCAGGACAACGUGAUGCAGGACCAGAGCCCAGGCUGCUGGUACGGCCCAGCACUGAAGACAUACCCCAGGCUGCUGUGUUACUCAGUGCUGCUCUUAAAGAGGCAGAGUCCCUGAGAUCAGCUCUCUCCUUUCAUGGUGCAUCCUCUGCUGUUCAAGAGGUGACCCAGCCUGAACCUUGCACUUCUCCCUCCCCUCCACCUUUCGAUGGCCUGGGCUCACGGGCUGACACCUCGCAGAGCGAGAAGGAGGAGUGGAGAGGAGAGGAAGGCUUGGAAACACAGGCCCUCAAUCACAGCACAGACAUUGAUAAUGGCAACAUACACCUGAAGGUUAGUCAGAGUGUGCAGAGCUUAACUCAGCUGUUGUACAGCCUACAGGCCGCAGUCACCAUCCAAGACAGUUGCUAUGAGAUCCAGAGGCUCCUCCUCCUCCUGUUAUCAAGCCCCUCCCCUCACCUACACUCCCACCCACUACCCAUGGUUCGUAGCAACCAGGCCCUGCUAGAGCAGGAGCGCCAGCGGGAGGCGGAGCGACGUCGAGAGGAGCUGGUGGAGGUGGCCCGUCUGCGGGGUGUACUGGCGCGGGAACAGCAGCAGUGGGAGCGGGAAUGCCAGAUGCGGGAACUCCAGCAGUGUAAGAUGGAGAGUUCGCUGGAGGAGAGGGAACUGUUGUGCCACCUAGAGGAACGGAGGCUGCAGAGCGAGUGGCAGGUGCUCCAAGAGCAACGGCAGGAGUACCAGCAAAGCCUGGAGAGGCUGAGAGAAGGGCAGAGGAAUGUGGAGAAGGAGAAGGAGAGACUGGACACUCAGCGAGGGCUGCUGGAGAGUUUCAAGCAGGGAUGCCAGCAGAAUCUGCACGCCAUGGUCAUACCACUGGAUGGACAGCAGACACAGGAUGCGGGUCACAGUCAGUUGGGUGGCCAGGAUGAGCAUGGAUCCAUUUUUGUGAACGAGGCAGUGUUUAUGUCUCCUUCUCUAAACAACAGACACGUCCACCUUCUUCAUCAUCCACUCCAUAAUCAUCAACAGACUGCCCACUUGCACUCAGGAUCUCUAGGAUACUCUGACUUUCCAAGAGCUCAAAACAGUCUCAAUUCACUACUGGCACGAUCCAACCACAGACAGAGCUCACCUGGAGUGUCAGAUGCUCCUACUAGGCAUGAGAGCUGUACUGGUGGCACAUUGUACUCAGUCCCUCAGAGGAAUCAAGGAACAGAGAUCCUGAACAACGAUUCAUUUGUUCAGCUCCAUAUCCGAGAAUCUUGGUCAGAAGGCAUAACAGAGGCGGGGCUUUAUCAAGCCAAUGUCCUGCAUGUUAACCAGCCCUUUGUAAACAUGGAGACCGAGAACAGAGAUGCUGAUGGAGAAGAGAAUAUUGUGUAUCUCUGAAAUGAACAAACAAACAUUAUUGGUUUUGAAACAAGAUAUUUGGACCAGAAUCUAAUUCCAUUCGUUAGUUUUUAUUUUAAUCUGUUUUUCUUAUGUUAGCAUACUUUUGGACUUCAGUGACUUUCUCCAGACUUUAUAGCUUUACGUUGGCCUGUAUGUGAAAUGGGCCUUGUCUGAGUGGCUGUGUUUUGCUUUAUUGCCUGUAGCCUGCAAAGACAGAAUCAGGUUGGACCAUUUCAGCGCACUUUGUCUCACACACACACACACACACACACACACACACACACACACACACACACACACACACACACACUUGUUGUGUUUCCAUGUUUUAUGGGGACUUUCCAUAGACAUAAUGGUUUUUAUACUGUACAAACUUUAUAUUCUAUCCCCUAAACCUAACCCUACCCCUAAACCUAACCCUCACAGAAAACUUUCUGCAUUAACAUAAUUUAGUAUGAUUUAUAAGCUGUUUUCCUCAUGGGGACCGACAAAAUGUCCCCACAAGGUCAAAAAUUUCGGGUUUUACUAUCCUUAUGGGGACAUUUGGUCCCCACAAAGUGAUAAAUACACGCUCACACACACACACACACACACAUUGGCCUACCUUUCAAUAACAGGACUUUCCAUAGACAUAAUGAUUUUUAUACUGUACUAACUAUAGAUUCUAUCCCCUAAACCUAACACAACCCCUAACCCUCACAGAAAACUUUCUGCAUUUUUACAUUUUCAAUAAAACAUUGUUUAAUAUGUUUUUUUAAGCUAUUUAAAUUAUGGGAACACUAGAAAUGUCCUCAUAAACCACAUUUAUAGCAUAAUACCCUUGUAAUUACCAGUUUGUAACCUAAAAAAUAGUGUAAAAAAUACAUGCCCCCACACACACACACACACAAACUCCACUCCCACCCACAUUGCUACACAAUGUAUUUUUCUCCAAACGUCCAUGUCAGUUUGCAUAAGUAGAUGCUGUAGAUCAGUAGUCUUUCAGUAGAUGAAAAAUGCCCUAAUUUAUAAAAGCAUUGUCUGCCUGCCAUCUGUUUGACUCUGCACACAUGUAAGGGUAAAGAAUCAAAUUUUCACCUCUUUCCAAUUCAGUUUUUCACAUUUGGAAACUGGUUUCAUGUGUCCAUAUGGACUAGAAUGUGUAAUAUGUGUCCUGCCUAACACCUCUGAAAUAGAAGAUCAGAUGCUGCUCGUCAUACAGAUAAGCCUUUGCCUUGUCACAUGUGCAGUGAGUGAAAGUCUGAAAAGUCUCAUUAAGAUUUCACACUGGCAUUCAUCAUUGUCAAAUUUUUCUCAUGAUACUUACUAUGUGACAUCUAAAUUGUUCUCUGAAAAUGUUGCCAUAUUGGCCUAAAGCUUUUUUCAUCCAGAGCCUACUUUAAGUUGUCCAUGAUGAUACUUACAGAUUCACAUAUUCCAGUAGCUCCUUUUCAAUUUAAUUGUUUUGUUUUAUGUUGAUCAAAACUGUCAUUACUUUUGGGGUGUACACAUAUUUUAGCAAAUAUCAUAAAUCCAGGCCUGUUGUAAUUUCAAGCACACUAAAACAUGGAGCUGUGUGUGUCAUAAUAGAAACAAUGCAACUACUAUGGGUUAACAUGCACAUACAUGAGUAAAACUGACAAGAAUUGUAUGUAUAUUUCUUUUUUUCAAUGACUUAUUGUAUUGGGGGGGGGGGGCUUUUCACUAUGCAUAAGAACCCUUGCUAUCGUGUUUUUUUUGUUUUUAUUUUCCAAUGCAUAUACCUAAUUUAUUGUUAUGUUUUGAGGAACUAUUUUUAUGUACAUAGAGCUUGUUUUGUACAAUUGUUGUAUGUAGACAGUUUAACUGGUGUAUCAAAUGUUACAUGUAGUAAAUAUAUUGGAACCUGU